GCCGGUUCUUGAUUCGACCCACGGUUCUUGAUUCGACUUGUGUGAUGCACGGCAAUGUCUGGAUCGGGUACGCAAGUGGGAUCCCCUCUGAAUCUUUGCGGGCCCCGAGCUCCGAUUCUUCAGCUGACCCUUUUCGCCGACCAGGACCACCGCCGAUGCUGCGCUGCGCACCACCUGCCUCGCCUCAUUUUCCGAGUAUUUUAAGCCCGGUGAGGAGGAGUUACACGCCACUCCACUCCGAAUUGCAUAAAGGAGGACGCUUUUUCGACUUCAAGAGAGAGAGAGAGGGGUUUAUCUGAGAGAUGGGAAGGAGAGAAAUGGAGUGGUUUAGGUCGAUGCCGAAGGUGGAGUUGCAUGCCCACCUCAAUGGGUCCAUCAGAGACUCCACGAUCUUAGAGCUAGCUAGAGAUUUGGGUCAGAAGGGUGUCGUUGCUUUCUUGGACGUGGAGCACGUUAUCAUGAAAAAUGAUCGUUCUUUGGUUGAAGUGUUCAAAAUGUUUGAUCUCAUUCAUGUUAUUACAACCGAGCACUCUACCAUCACGAGGAUUACCAAAGAAGUUAUUGAAGAUUUUGCUUCUGACAACGUGGUCUACUUAGAGUUAAGAACAACUCCAAAGAAAAAUGAUUCCAUAGGAAUGAGCAAGCGCUCUUACAUGGAAGCAGUGAUUCAAGGUUUGAGAGCCGUCGCCAGCGUCGAUGUCCAUUUUGUCCCUCGGACUGAACAAGCAGCAAGUUCCUUAAAUUCUCAAUCUAUUGAGAAUUCUUUCAAUGGAUCUGCUAAAAAAAAGAUUUAUGUUAGACUUCUUCUCAGCAUUGACCGCCGUGAGACCACCAUUGCUGCAUUGGAAACUGUUGAGCUUGCACUGGAAAUGAGGGAUCUAGGAGUAGUCGGUGUAGAUCUUUCCGGGAACCCCACUGUAGGAGAAUGGGAUACCUUUGUCCCAGCACUAAGUUUUGCGAGGCAGCAUGACCUCAGAGUAACUCUUCAUUGUGGAGAGAUACCUAAUCGGAAGGAGAUCCAACAAAUGCUGGACUUUGUUCCUGAAAGAAUAGGGCAUGCUUGCUGCUUCUGUGAGGAAGACUGGAGGAAGUUGAAGGCUCUCAACAUUCCAGUAGAAAUUUGCUUGACUUCCAACAUCGUGACUCAAUCUAUUUCUUCCAUAGAUGUGCACCAUUUCGCUCAUCUAUACAGGGCACAACACCCUAUAGCCUUAUGCACCGAUGACACAGGUGUCUUUUCCACUAGCCUUUCACAGGAAUAUAGCCUGGCAUCUUCCACAUUCGGUAUUGAGAAGGUGGACAUUUUCAAUUUAGCAUCCAAAGCGAUUUCGCUCGCAUUUGCCGAUCUCGAAGUGAAGGACGAAGUGAGAAAGAUUUUUUCGUCUUCCAAGGGCCAGCUUUCUUACAUGGAUCGGAUUGAUCCGUGAUCUCUGCAUAUGCGGGACGGCUCUAAGCUCUAAUAUCAGAGUCCAUCUAUGUUUAGAAUGGAUUGAACCCUGUAGGAUGUUUAGCUAUAAAUCUUUAAUAACUGUUGCAGGACAAUGCCAUUUGAUCUUUAAGAUGCCUUAUAUUAGCUUAUAAACAGUCUCUCUUUUCUUU